AUGGCCGGGUAUGGCGGGCUGGAGGUUGCCGAUGACGCAUCUCUCAAGGUGCCGGGCGUGCCACGGGGCGAGCGGACGCUGAUGCCGGUCUCGAUUUCAGUUUCUGAUCCGAUGACGCUCAUUCUGCUCCUCUCGUCACCGGAGGACUACGUGUUUCACAUGGCUGCGCUUGCGCUGGGAGCGUACGCCGAGCUAGCGGCGGAGAAUCGCAAGUUUGUGGUUACGCACGGCGGGCUGGCGCCAACGGUGGCGCGGCUAAAGGCGACGCUUGCGCUGCCUGCCGAGGCACAGAUGGCUGCGGUGCUGCAGUCUGCGUCGUUUCUGCUCUGCGUGACGGCGCGUGACGGGAGCGCGCGGCGGGCGAUGGUCAAACUGGACGUGGUCGAGCCGCUGGCGACUCUGCUCAAGGCCGAUGACAUUGCAACGCUGGAGAACGCGACGCUUGCGCUGACCGCGCUCUCGCGCGACUACGCGACGGCGGCGGCGAUUGUGAGCGUGGGCGGCAUUCCGGCGCUGCUCAACCUUGCGCAGCUGCCUGAUCAGGAGCUUGCGUACUACGCGACAGUUGCGCUUGGCAACUGCGCGGCCGAGUACAACUCGCGGCGGGCCAUCAUGUCUGUUGGCGGCAUCCCGAUUCUGCUCUCGCUGCUGGCGUCAGAGACACCCAACCUGCGGCUCGCGGCGGCUCGCGCCAUCGCACGACUGACCAAAGAGUUUUCGAACCGGGUUGCGCUGCGUACGGCUGACGGCCUCCCGCUCGUGUUGCAGUUUUUGGGCGACCCGAGCCUCUCGUUCCUCGCGCCGUAUCUUGCGGCAACCAUGGCGGCGUGCCUGGAAGAGCAGGGCACGCUCGAGGCGCAUGCCGAGCUCGGGUACGUGCAGGUACUGCUGACGGUGCUGGCAACGUCAACGGCGGCUGGCACGUUGGCGCAGGCGUCGCUUGCGCUUGCGCGGGUGUGCAACCACGAGCCGGCGCGGAGCGUGGUGCUCCACCACGACGCGUUUGGCUCUGUGGUGGUCAACCUGCUCAACGAGUCGACCGACACAACGGUACUGGCGCACCUUGCGCAGCUCAUACUCAACUGCGCGACGACGUCGGCCAACUGCACGCUCCUCCGGGAGCUGGGCGCGAUUCCGGGCCUUGUGGCGCUGCUGCGGCACUUUAAUCCUGUGGUCCAUGCCACAGCGCUGGCGGCGAUCGCAGCGUUUGCGCUCCACUACGAGAACCGCAGCGCACUGCGACACGCCGACGGACUGCAGGCGCUGGUGGCCAUUCUGGACGGCGGGCGGCAGGAGCCGAGUGUGAUCCGCAACGCGGCUGACGCGCUGACCUCGAUGUGCCAGGAGCACGAGUCGCGGUCGAUUCUACAGGCGCUCAAGAUUAUGCCGAUCCUGCUAGCUUCGCUGAAGGCGGCAGCGGAGGACGCAGAGCUUGUGGCUGCGCUCACGCGGGCGAUUGCCGGAAUGGCACAUGAAGAGACGGCGCGCGACGAGCUGACGACGCUUUCGGGUGUCGACCUCCUUGUGCCGCUGCUCUCGUCCGAGUCGGCUCCGGUUCGGCGCGAUGCGGCAUGGGCGAUUUCGGUCUGCUGCGCACAGGAGAUGUUUGCGCAGCAGGUGUGCAACCGCGGCGGCAUCGACCAGCUUCAGAACUUGAUCCAUGGGCAGGGUUCGGAUCGUGAGCGGGCGCACGACACGCUUGCGCAGUUGCUCAAGAAGAACUUUUCGGCCAAGUACGCACUGACAAGCAAGCUCGGAUGGGAGGAUGUCAUCCCGGCAGGCUUCUACGACAUGGGCCGGUCGCGGCGGUUCCAGCCGCUGGCAGAGCUUCGCGAGACCAAGCUCAACUCGAAGCGCGAGGUGCUUCUUGUCAAUCCGCUCAAGGACAAGGUGCUUGGCGAGCUCAUCACGCGGGCGAUUGCGCUGGUGGAGGAGGUGCCGGAGCGGACGGACCGGAUUGCGGCACUGGCGGCCAUGGUGGCGGACGCCAUGGGCGGGCCCAAGGACUGGCUCUCGUACAACGAGUUUGGCGAGUACGAGUACGAGCUCUCUGCGCUCAAGGUGGCGUGCAAGUCCAACGUCAUUCCGCUCGGCGCAGUGACCAAGGGCGUCUUUUACCACCGCGCGCUACUGUUUAAGAUCCUGGCCGACAACGCCAAGAUCUCUGCCACGCUCGAACGCGGUGAGUAUACGCGGGCAUGGAAUGUGGUGCGGGUCCGGUCCAAGCCGCGCAUUGUCGACCUUACCUUUGACGUCGGCGCGCUGUAUGUGGUCGGAACGGAAAAGGCCGAGCGGUAUGCCAAGAUCUAGUUUUGAAGCGGUAGGUGCGAGCAAACGAUUUGUGUGUG